AUGACCGAAAAAAAGCCAAUUAUCCGAAAAAUAGCUGAAGCGAAUGGAUUAUUAGCUAGCGAAAUCAAAGUAACUCAAGGUGAUAAUGAUUCUCUUGGUCUUAUCGUUUAUAACAGUGAAAAAUUAAACGAAAAAUUCGCAAGCCCUAAAGCUUUACAUUGGGCAACCACAUCAUCAAAGAAUAUUAAAAUUUGUAAUGAAAAAGGGUUUGUAGGAAUUAUCAAAGAAUUUUUCGAAUAUGAUAACGAUGAUCAAAUUGAAUUAAUCGAUUAUCAAGCUGAUUCUUUUGAUAUAGUUGAUUUAAUUGGGAAAAAU